AUGGAACAGCAAUAUGAGCUGAGGGCUCGCAAGGUGGAGGAGUGUCGAGCCAGGCUACUCCGGUCUGGGGAGGAUGCGGGAGAUUCUGAUGAGGAUGCCACUAACAAGAACAAGUGCUUGGAUACAUGCAAGUCGUAUGCGACGCCAGAUGAUAUUCCUCGUGAUAUUCGAACGACUAAGCUGACUGUUGACGCCAAGCAUGAUACGUUGUUGGUGCCUAUCAAUGGCAACCUGGUGGCAUUCCAUAUUCGAACUAUCAAGAACGUGAGCAAGCCUAACGACGAGGGGGGAAAGUAUACGUCCAUACGUAUCAACUUUCAUGCGCCCGGUACUAGCUUUGUUCAGCAGGACAUGUUCCCGGAGGCUAACAGGAGUAAGGAGACUCUUGUCUACCUCAAGGAGCUGAAUUAUCGGGCGGAGGAUGGUAGGAACUUGCAGGCUGUAUUUAGAGGCUUGAAGGAGCUCCAGAAGAGGCAGAGGACGAGGGAGUUGGAAGCUAACACUAUGAAGGACAUUAAGGAGCAGCCAUCGUUGAAGCUGAUAAAGGAUAGGAGCAGACCUGUACUGAGGGAUCUCAACGUGAAGCCACAGCUGGGCUCGACUGGUCGUAAUAGGGCUGUGGGCACAUUGGAGGCGCAUCAGAAUGGAUUUAGGUUUACCUCUUCUCGGGCUGAGCAUGUUGAUAUCAUUUAUCGGAAUAUCGCACAUGCUAUUUUCCAGCCUUGUGAAAACGACCAGACGGUGUUGCUUCACUUCAACUUGAAGGAUCCGAUUUUGGUGAGUGGUAAGAAGAAGACAUAUGAUAUCCAGUUCUAUACGGAGACUAGAUCGGCUGGUGACGACCUGGGGACGAGGCGAAGGGUAGGGCGUUGUCGGCCACUUGGGAGGAAGUUUCACUGA